CAUUUUUCACACCCCCCCCUCACCCCCGCACAUUUUGGGCACAUGACUGCAACCCUUUUUUCAGGAUGGGUUUAUUUCGAGAGCAUCCAGAGCUAAUGGGUGACAGAACGUAUCAGUGAGAAGGUAUAUAUUUGCCAGAACCAGAGAAGAACCGAGAGAGGAAGAGAGAGCCUUCCCUCCGUACGCGAGUCAAAGGGUGGAGGAGGGGGUGCUUGGCAGUAGAGUAUGGCUGCCAUGGCGACGGUUCCCAGCUACACUCCGUCGCUGUGGGUGAGGGUGUGCCAUGCCCUCCCCCGCCUGGACCUCACCAUGCAGAUGAGAGACAGCGCCUUUGUACCUGACAGCUGGGAGUACCAGCAGACCCUGCUGGUUCUGUCCAGCCUUUCUGCCAUCGCUCUCGUCCUCUCCCUCCUCGUCAUCCUCUCCUUCCUCAUACACUACUGCUGCUGUCACCGCGGCGACCGGAACGAGGGCUCGGAGGAGGAGGAAGAGGAUGAAGAUGGCAGUACGGGCCAUGGAUAUGGCGGACGGAAGGGGCGGGGCAUCUGCUGCGUCACCUGGGUGUCGGUGGCGGCCGUGACACUGUGCUGUGUUGCCAUAGGCGUCGGUUUCUACGGCAACAGCGAGGCUAAUGAUGGGAUGUAUCAGUUGACCUCGUCUCUUCUCACAGCCAAUUACACGCUAGCGUCCAUCGAUCUGUUGGUUUCAGACACCAUCACUGGGCUGCAGCUCUCCGUCUCUGGGCCCCUGACCUCCAUGGAGGAGCUGUUCACGGGCAGCAAGCCCUUCCUGACCUCCACACGGAACUGCCGGAGGCUGUCGGAGAACGUGGUGACCCUGCUGUCCUCCCUGGCUCUGGCCCGGGGCGCGGAUGGGGGCCUGUGGAACGGCAGCAGCAGCAGCGGAGCCCCCAUCGCGGCCCUCACCCCCGCGCCCCCCUCCGUGGCCCCCACCACAGCCCCCGCUGGAGGGGUGAUGCCCACCCCCUUCUCUCCCGGCUGGGCCGCCAACACGCUGGUGGUCAAUGAGGACUACAGGUGGCUGUCGUAUGUGUUGCUGCUGCUGCUGGACCUGAUUGUGUGUCUCUUCAUCCUCCUGGGGCUGGCCAAGCAGGCUCGCUGGCUCCUCAUCCUGAUGACGGUGCUGGCUUGGCUGGCUCUGUUCCUAAGCUGGGGGUCUCUGGGCCUGGAGACGGCUUCUGUGGUGGCUCUAAGUGACUUUUGUUCAGAUCCAAAUACGUUUGUCCUCAACUCCACCCACUUCAACUCUGGAACCAACCCAGACGUACUGGACUACUACCUGACCUGCAGCAGACGCAUGAACAGCCCAUUCCAGCAGUUGCUGACGCAGUCCCAGAGGGCGCUGUCAAACAUCCACUCUCACCUAGCCAACCUGGACAGAAACGCGCUCCCACAGUUUCCCAAAGCAGAGAAAUCACUGCGAGAGGUUCAGCAGAUUCUCAACUCGACGGAGGGCAACUUCCACCAGCUGGUGGCGCUACUCAACUGUCGCGGUCUGAACAAGGACUACAUAGACUCGCUGAAAGGCCUGUGCUACGAUGGCAUGGAGGGGUUACUCUACCUCUCCCUCUACUCCUUCCUAUCGGCUCUGGCUUUCACCGCUAUCCUCUGUUCUCUGCCCGGUGCUUGGAGAAGCUUUCACAGUGAUUCCGAGGAGUACGAAGAUUCCGACAGCGAGAGCGAGGACCCCUUCACUUCCCAUCAGGCACGUAGACAGACGGCCGCGGGGUCCCAGCGAGGGGCCUUGCCCCCCUUCUAUAAUUACCCGGGGGCCGGCUGGACCCCCCCCUUUUCUAGCGCGCCGCCUCUCCCGACUCCAAACGUUUCCUCCAAUGGCAACCCUGGCUAUGAGAGCCUGCCCUUGGCAGACAGGCAGUCCCCACCCCCUUCUUACUCUCCCAGCAUGCUGACUGGUUACGGGGGCAAUCAAUCACACCCCAACCCCGCCCACUCAAGAAACCUGUAUUCACGUUGACUCUUUUUUUUAUGUUAGAUAAUGUAUAGAAAAAGUUUAGUUUUCUUAUGAACGGACACUUUACUGAGAUGAAAAAAGAACUAACGAAAAAUAAAUCGAAUGCUUAAUGUGAAUUAAAGGUAACUACAGUACCAUGGAGUGUUAUGAAUUAGAAGCACUUAAAAGAAACAGGAUUGAAUUGACUGUUGUAGUAACUCACUGUACGCUAACGCCAGAUAGGUAGCAUGGUUAUGAAGAACUCUGAACCAGGUUCACUCAGUCAAAGUUACCCCAUUCCUGUCCCCUGCCCCCCCCCCCACCCCCCCCGCCCUCCCCAUCUGUCCAGAGUCUUUGUGAACUGUUGUGAGACAAGCCAAAUGGUAUUGACGUUACAUUGUAGUUUUAUAUUUUAAAAAUGUAUCAGUAUCACCACUUUAUUUUCAAGUUUUUAUAUCUAAAUAUUGUGGUAGAAAAGCACCGGCACGUAGCAAGGGGACGUAUAUUCAGCGAAUGAAUAUGAAGUUUACUCACUUGGUAUUCACUUUUGAUUUCUUUUUACUUUUUUAUAGGUGGCAAUUCUGUAUUUCCUUCGUAUUACCUUCAGAUACUAUUCUGUACAUUUUGCUGUUGAUAAGAUCUGAUUAAUCACAAACCUUUGGUCUUAAACCAACACUCCAGAGGGCUAUGAUGACCCUCCUUUAAGGCUGAGGGGAGAACUACAACUACCAACCAGCCUUGAGUGCUUAGAAGAACUAC